CAUGUGCAACAAACUGCAGCGGAUGGCAUGUAUGGUAAAAUUCUGGUUUACCACUUGUAUAAAGUAAAAAAAAAAUCGUUUGGACGGGUGACGCUCUUUGUUAAACAGAUUGCUCGCGAAGGGAACUCUAGUGUGUCUCAAACCAAGGUUUCUAAAUUUUCAAAACAGACACUGCUGCACUACUAUAACUCUGCAUGGCGUCCGGCAAGAGACCAGAGCACAAAGGACCACCAGAAUUGUUCUACAAUGAUGAAGAGGCAAGGAAGUACACAUCCAAUUCUCGCAUGAUUGAAAUACAGCAGCAGAUGUCAGAGAGAGCCAUAGAACUACUUGCUUUACCUGAGGACCAGCCAUGUUUUAUUUUGGAUAUUGGGUGUGGAUCUGGGUUAAGUGGCGAGUGCUUAUCAGAUCAGGGGCACAUGUGGUUAGGAAUUGACAUUAGUCAACACAUGCUGGAUGUAGCAGUUGAGAGAGAAAUUGAGGGUGACCUUCUUAUGGGUGAUAUGGGUUGGGGAAUGCCCUUUAGACCAGGCACAUUUGAUGGUGUUAUCAGCAUAUCUGCUUUACAGUGGUUGUGCAAUGCUGAUAAGAAGUUUCACAGUCCACCAAAAAGAAUGUACAAGUUUUUCAGUACCUUGUAUGCAUCUAUGAGCAGAGGGACAAGAGCAGUUUUCCAGUUGUAUCCUGAAAAUAGUGAACAGCUUGAACUUUUAACAAUGCAGGCCAUGAAAGCAGGCUUUACAGGGGGCCUGGUUGUUGACUUUCCAAAUAGUACUAAAAGUAAAAAAAUGUUUUUGUGUUUAUUUGCUGGGGGUCCCUCCCAGGUUUUGCCAAAAGGUUUGGGGACAUCUUCAAAUGAGAUGGUCAAUAAAAUAGCCUACAGUGGCACAAGGGACAGAAUAAAGGAGCGCAGGGGGAAGCACCCUAAAAAAAGUCGUGACUGGGUCAUGGAGAAAAAGGAGAGAGCAAGGCAUCAAGGAAAAAAAGUAGGACCAGACUCAAAAUAUACAGGAAGGAAGAGGAAAGUUACGUUUUAGUGAAACAUGGAAAUGCCAGCGAUAUAGGAACAGCUUUUGUUGAUCACCAAAAAGUAGAAUGUUUUCUUUUCUUUUGCAAACUGCUGAAUCACGAAAAAGGUGCAAUCAUCAGAAAUGUUACUGUGGCAAUGUAUUGAUUGUAUCCAGGAUUUUGCUCAGUUGAAAUGAGAGACAUACAAUUGUGUACCCAGCUUGAGGAACUGCUUGCUAACCAGACGUGCCUUGAUCAUGAUGUAUUGUCCUGUUUGAACUCUUUCCAACAUAAACAGAUUUCUGUGUAAAGUAAUAUCAUAUUCAGCAUCCAUACAACUUCAUACCCAUGGUAUUGUAUAUUUCAGUUUUUUGAGGACCUAGCUUGAAAUCUGUGCCAACAUGAUGGGUACCAUUUUAA